AUGAAGGCACACCAGUGGCUUGCAGUCUUUGCACUAAGUUCCCUCGCGGCCCCUGAGCACACGAAUCUACUUCCCUCUCAGUCUAAUCGCGUCAGGAACUCUGGCGGUUUUGACAUCGAUCCCGCGUUAUCGAACAAGACCGCUCUUGGCAUCAUUCCAGACAACUACGAUGCAGUGAAAAGGCGUGACUUGGUUUUACGGGGAGACAUUCUUAAGCGUCAGGCUCCCACAAGCCCCUCCACCAUGUCGGCAGAUGGAGCUUCCCAAAUAAAGGUGUCAGGUGGCAAACAAGGGGUACUCUACCAUGGAGAUUCUCGACCACCUGCUGAAGUAUUCAAGUCGGGAUUCACGCCACAGGGAGGGGACACGAACCUGCAGCAUCACCUGAGCUUUACUGGUAACUCGGCAUUUACCUCGGUCACCCGGUCGCCUCAAUCAGCGGAACGAUACGCCUUUGGGUGGACUGGAGCACAGAAACAUAAAGGCUACAUCUAUGUUAUAGCUCCUAAAGACGUACCGAGAGGAUACUGGGUUCCGGGAAUAUACCCAUCGGACCGUGUAGUCAUCAACAACCAGGAAUUUGCUGUACAGGGUGCCGUUACAGGCUCGAGUAUCGUACACGCCUAUGAGGUACCUAAACGAAACCCGUCGGACAGAUCUGUGACGAUUAAGAAUGAGAAUUACGUCUUGAAGAAGUCUCCAGGAUGCUUGGGCUUGAAGAGUAAACCAGCUCUUUGUGACCCAGCCAAGGGUGAAAACGGCAGGUCAGGACCAAAGGUCAGCAAGUCCAGCCGCUUCCGCGUGGCCAAGUCAGUUGGCAAAUCUGUAGCAUUCAUGGCCGUGGUGCCCUACGCUCGCGACUUGCUCAACUUGCUCAAGCAGUGGGAUAAUCCCAUCGGACACGCCGUGAAAUGGUUUGACGACGCCAUUACUAGCCUUGAGGAAGUUAUUGGCGGGCCCCAACGCAAAGACAUUUACGGCAACGAACUUCAGGGUCGAAUUAUUGACGCACUAAAGAGUAUUAGUCUUGACUCAGUUUCUGGCGGUACUCCUUGCCCUUGCUCAGAGUGGACUAGCACAAAAGCACUGUCGUCCUGGCGAGCAUUGUUGCGGGCGCGGACCACUCCCAGAUGGUAA